AUGAGUACUUGUAACAAUAUUGUCGACUUGGUUAGAAGCAAAAAGGAACUUCUUACGGGUGAAAAAAAGAUGAGGAAAAAAAGUUGUAACAUAGAUAGAAACAAUAUAGAUAAUGAAAAUAACAAAUUGUUAGAUAAAAAUAUACUAAUAAAUAAUUUUUUAAACUCAGAAAAGCUUAUAAAAGAAAUACAACUAUUAAAUAAUAUAUCAUUAAGAAGUGCCACAUAUUUAUUAAAAAUAGAAAUUGAAAAAAUACAAAAAUUAAUUUCUUGUAAUAAUUGGAAACAAGUUCCUUCCAUUUAUAAAAAAUCAGCGGAAAAUAUUUUAUUAAAAAAAAAUGAAUAUAUAAAAAAUUUAAAAACAAAAUUGUUAAAUAAAAACAAAGCAAUACAAAAUAAUAUAAAUAAUGAUAAUAUUCAUAAUAUUGAUAAUAUUCAUAAUAGUUGUUAUAAUUUCGUUAAUAAAAAUGACCAAAAGAAAUUCUCUAAACAUUUAAAUUCAUCAUCAAGCUCCUCAUCUCUCUCAUCAUAUUCUUCUACAAGUAAUUCUUCUGAUGAUUCCUGCUUAUCAAAUAAACAAAAUCAAAACAAUUUUUUUUCUAAUAUAAAAUGCAACUCCUAUUUUACAGGAAACGCACAAACAAAAAACAAGUUAGAUAAUCAUACAUCUAAGAAAAAAACAACAAUAAAUGACAAAAUAAAUGACAAAAUAUGUGACAAAAUAGGUGACAUAAAAAAUGAUAAGAAUAUUAAAACAUAUAAUGUAAAAGGAAAAAAUACGAAAAUCAUAAAAUUAGAUAAGGAACAUAUAAAAGACAAGAUUAAUUAUAGUUAUAGUAAUAAAAUAAUAAAUUAUAAAGGUAAUUUUUAUGAUAAUAACAAUAAAAAUGAAAUAAAAAAUAAUGAAUAUUACUAUUAUGAUGAUGAACAGAAUUCGGAUAGUUAUAAUGACUUAUGUUAUACUAACGGGAAGAAUAAUAUAUUCUGUUUUUUAAACCCUCAAGAAAAUCAAAAAGAUGAUAGAAUAAAUAUAGACACUAAUCAUAAUUUUAUGUAUAAUAAUACACAUAAUAAUAACGAUCAUAUAGAUUCGUAUCAUCCGAAUGGAUAUGGUGACAAGCUUAUUUCGUAUGAAAAAAAAGAAGGGAGAAAAUUACAUACAAACAAUCUAAUUAAUAAUAUGGGAACAAUCAAUAAAAGAGAAGAAGAAACAAAAGGCUCUUCUGUUUUUUCUAUAAAUAAUGAACAUUGUGGUACUACAAAAUUUAUCAAGUCAGCAAGUGUAUGUAAUUUUUCUUGUGCUAAUUUAUUUAAGAAUCCAAAAAAAAAUGAAGAUAUAUAUACUAACAAAAUGAUAGGAAGCGAGUGUUUUAAUCUAAAGACAGGUACUAAUGUAUCAAGAAACACAAAAAAAAUUAUACCAAACUUUGAAAGACAUACAGUUUCCUCUUUUAUAAAAAAUUUAAGUGCUCAAAAAAGUCUACAAGAAAAAAUUAAUAAUCAUUAUAUCAUGAUAAAAAAAAAUAUAUAUGAAAAAAAAAAUAGAAGGGCUAGUACAAAUACAUGUUGUAGUACCUUAGGUAAUACUUUUACAAAAAGAAAAGUACAAAAAAAUUAUACACAUGAUGUGGAUGAUACACAUGAUAUGGAUGAUACACAUGAUAUGGAUAAUACACAUGAUAUGGAUGAUACAUAUAAUAUGAAUAAUACAUAUAAUAUGAAUAAAUUAAAAUGUAUAAAACAAAAGAAUAAUCAUAAAUAUGAAAGUAAUGAAUAUGUAAAUUGUGAUCAUUAUGACGAUUAUAAUAAUAGGAAUGAAAAUCACAUGGACUUAAAAAACAGUCAUGAUAAUUAUAUUAAUGAUGAUAAAAUAUUAGUUUAUGAAGAAUUACUAAACAAUAUUAGGAACAAGAAAAAUGAAAAAUAUAAUAUUAGAAAGAAAUCGAAAUUUUCUAUAGAAAAAAAAAUUGAUCUAUUUCAUAUGAAUUCGUUGAAUGAAGAUUAUUCUUGGGUAAAAAAUUUAAGAAAUUAUGAUCAUACAGGAGAAAAGAAAAAUCAUAAGAAAAACUCUUUACAAAAAAAAAAAUUGAUACCAGGAAGGCAAUCUAAUGUAUUAAGUAAUUCUUAUGAUGAUAAUAGUGUUAUGAUUAAUGAAAGAAAAAAAAAAAAAGAAAAAGAAAAAGGAAAAGAAAAAGGAAAAGAAAAAGAAAAACAAAAUGAAAAACAAACGAACAAACAAAUGAACAAACAAAUAAACAAACAAAUAAACAAACAAAUGAACAAACAAAUGAACAAACAAAUGAACAAACAAAUGAACAAACAAAUGAACAAACAAAUGAACAAACAAAUGAACAAACAAAUGAACAAACAAACGAACAAACAAUCGACCGAACCAGAAUAUACAUCUAUAUCCAAAUUAAACAAUUACCAUAGCAACGUAGAACAUAAUAUGAAUAAUAUGGAAUAUGAGGAUUGUAACGAUAAUUCUGCCUCCUAUGAUCAUAGUGAAUGUAAUAUAUAUCCUGUUAUAAAUAAAUCAUUGGAUAUGGAUGUGAAAAAAGAAGAUAUAAAAAAAAAUGUAGAAGAAAAUAAAUAUAUAGAACAUACACAAAAUUUGAAAAAUCAUUUAGAAAAUGAUGAGAAUGAGAAAAAAAAAAGAAGAAAAAGAUUAAAUAAUAAUGACAAUUAUAAUUAUCAUGAUAAUAAUAUUUUUCAAAAUAAUCAUCAUAGUAAUAUAGACAUGUGGUCACAUAAACAUAUAACACUUCCUCGUGUGUAUGAAAAAAAAAAUAAUUCUUUAACAUACAAUCAUCAAAUUAAUUUAGAAGAUAAAAUACCAUUAAAAAAAAUUAACCAACGUAAAAGUUAUAUGAUCCAAGAAAAUGAUCAACAUAUGCAACAUUUAUUAAAUAAAAAUGAAGAAGCUAAAUAUUUUGAACUUUUAAUAUCCUCCUCAAAAAAUAAAAUACAACCAUAUGAACAACCUAGUGGUAUGAAUACAUUAAAGAUUGAUUAUAAUAUAACAGAUGAACAUAUUACUGGAUGUAUGAAUAAUAUAUUUACUAAUAAUAAAAAAAAAAAAAAUAAUAAUAAUAAUAAUAAUAAAUAUGUUAAUAUUAAACUACAAGGUAAUAAACUUAUGUUAAAUAAUGAUUUGUAUAUAAAUAAAAAGGAAUCUAAUAAUAUAACAAAAGAAAAUAAUAUCCACAUUCAUAAUAAUAAUAAUAAUAAUAAUAAUAAUAAUAAUAAUAAACAUAAGCAUAGUUCAAUAAUAAUUGAUGAUAUAAAUCAAAAAUACCGAAAGGAUCAAGAAGAUCAACAUGCUCAAGCAAAUUCAAUAUUCUAUUUACAAGAAAAAAAUAAUAAUAAGUCCAUGGAUAACCAUAUAUAUAAUUAUACAUACAGUAAUGAACAUAAUAAUUAUAUACAUUCAUUAUCAGACAAUAAAUCGAAAAAAACAAAUGAACAAGUUUCAAACAUUUUAAAUAUGAAUAAAUAUGUUACAAAGGAAUAUUCUCAAAAGCAUGUAAAGGAACAAAAUCAACUAUGUCCAAAAAUAAAUACUUUCCAAAAUCAUAAUAAUAUAAUAUGUAAUAAAAUAAUACAUGAACCUUUAAAAAAUAUAUCAUUUCAUAAUAAUCUAGAAGAUCAUACAGAUAUAAAUCCAGAUGAAUUGUCAUGUACCAAAACUUUAAGCAUCUAUAACAAUCAUCUAAUCAAAGGAAACGAAAAUAAUGAUAUGUAUAAAGAUAAUUUUAAUUCUCAUGAUAAAAAUAUAACUAAUCCAUUGUCCAUAUCAAAAGAAAAUAAAAAAAAAAUUAAUACCAUAGAUAUAAAUCAAUACAAUGAUAAUGUCGAGCGUUUUCAUAAUCUGAACUUACCUAAAAGGAGCCAUACAACAAUCAUACCAAAUUAUUUACAUAAUAAAGAAAAAAAAAUAAAUAAUGAUAAUAAUAAUGAUAAUAAUAAUGAUAAUAAUAAUGAUAAUAAUAGUGAUAAUAAUAAUGAUAAUAAUAAUAAUGUGAAUAUUAUUCGUACUAAUAACCUUGUUCUUUUCAAAAAAAAUUAUCUUGAAGAAGAAAAUAAUAUUGUUAAUAACAAGAUUAAGAAUAAUGAAUAUAUUUUAAAUGAUCAAGAAAAAGAAACAGGCAACAUAAAAAAGGAUAUAUCUUUUAACAAAAACAUUUUUUAUCCUGAAGAAGGUAAUUAUAAUAAUGAGCAUGAACACACACAAACAGAUAUUAUAAAUAUUAUAGAGAAUAAAAAGUCGAUUCAUAUGAAUGAUGUUAACAAUUCAAAUAUAAAACAAGAACCUGAACUCUCAUCUAAUAAGGAUAAUUUUAUAACGAUAAAAGAUGUUAUACAAAUACCAAAACUAAACUUGGACAAUAUUAAAAAUAAAAACGGAAAGAAUUUUAAUACCUAUCAAAUAAAAGAAACAAAAGAAAUGUCACAUAUUCAUAAUAAUGAUGUAUCAUAUGAUAAUAAAAAAAAUAAAGAUUAUUUAAGUAUCACAAGUAAUGUACAUUCCCCUUUUGAAAAAAAAGAAAAUAAAAAAUAUAUCUACAUAUCUAAUGGUAAUAACAAUAAUAACAACAGUAAUAAUAAUAAUAAUCAAUACUUUGGACAAAGCUUUAUUAAUAGAAAUAUGGUCGAUUGUAAAAUGUAUAAACAAAAUAAUAUUAAUCAAAUAAGAAAAUCAAAAACAACAACUAUUAAUUUUGAAAAUAUUUCUUCUAAUAAUAUUAAGGAGAAACAUUAUUUAAAUUAUAAAAUAUCAAAUGAUAAUUUGGUUAAUAAUAAAAUAAUAAAUAAUUAUAUUUUCAAUGAUACAAACAAUAAAAUUUAUAAUUUGGAUUACGACAAAGAAAAUGUAUCGAAAACAAGCUGUUUUGCUUGUGGAACUACUACACAAGAUAAACAUAUGUAUAAUGAUGAUAAUAAUUCUUUUAUUUGUAAUAAUAUUUUUCAUAAAAGACGUCCUAGUAACAUAUUAAAUUCUUGCAUAUUUACAGAGGUGGACAAGGGGUUAAGUAGGACGAGACACAGUGUACAUGAUGAAAAGUUUAAUGUGGAAAAAAAAAAGGAAGACGGUGACAUGGAUAGGGAUAAUAAUAACAAUAAUAAUAAUAAUAAUAACAAUAAUAAUAACAGCAACAAUAAUAAUAACAACAAUAAUGAUAAUAAUAACAACAAUAAUGAUAAUAAUAACAACAAUAAUAAUAAUAACAAUAAUAAUAAUAACAAUAAUAACCACAGAUAUAAUAAAAAUAUUAAUAAUAUUUAUAAUUGUGGACAAGAGAAUAAUACAAGAAAGGAUAAUUACACCAAACAUUAUUUAUCAGGAAAGAAGAAUGUAAAAAAAUCUUUUACAAGCAUGAUUUUAAACUUUUUUGGACUUAAGUAUGAUAAUAUUGAGGAAGAUAAGAAAUCAGAAAAUGUAAAUGUACACAUUAUGAAUACAAAUAAUAAAAACAUGAAUAAUAAAAAUAAUACUCAUAUAAUUAGUAACAAUGAAAGUAAAGAUACAUAUAACAUUUCUACAUAUAUAAGAUGUAAAUCUGCUACUUAUAAUAAUAUUUCAAAGAAUGAAAAAGAAAACAAAAAAAAUGAAAUUUAUAUAUUACAUCCAAAUCAUAAUAAAUCAAAUACUAUCAUGAGUUUAUCAAAAGAUUCAACAUUUCCUUUUCCACCUUUAACAUUUAUAAAAAAUAAUACAAAUAAAAAAAGAAUUGCAUCAUAUAAUAAUUCUAUUCAAGGUUUAUCAACAAAUGAAUUCAAAAAUCAAAUUCAACCUAAUACUAAUACAGGUGUACAAAAAAGAAAAACAUGUGACAUCUCUUCAAUAUCGAAAAAUCAAUCACUAAAUCAUUUAUUAUAUUAUAAUGUGAACACGCAUGUUAAUCAUUCUAAUAAUAUGCAAAAUAUAAAUAUAAAAAAUUCAUACAACCUUGAAGAAGAAAACACAAAAAAUGAAUUCCUUCAAAAUGGACAUAUGCAUAAAGACAGUUAUCCUAAACAUGUCAAAUUAUUAUCAUCAUAUAAAAUGACGGAAACAUUUAACAAUAAUGAAAAUUAUAUUACAAAGUAUGAUACAAAUGUAAAUUAUAACAUCAAAUGUGAGGAUAACAUAAAAGGUAAUGAUAACAUCAAAUGUAAGGAUAACAUAAAAGGUAAUGAUAAC